AUGGCGGUUCUUUCGUAUGGUUGCGCUCCUAGUGGUGUAGCUUACUCAGUGGGAGUGGGAGACCCAGUGUGUUGGUCCAUCCCUCCCCGACCGGAUUACUACGCCAACUGGUCCAAUUCUCAUUUCUUCAAAAUCGGCGACACUCUCGUUUUUAACUUUCAAGGGGGGCUUUCGAAUGUGGUGCAAGUGACAAAGCAAGACUACGAGAGCUGCACCGCUUACAAACCCUUUAAAAUCUUCAACAACGGUCCAGCAAAUUUCACAUUGUUGGAAAAAGGUGUCUUAUAUUUCAUUACUGACGUCUCAAACUACUGUAGUCUAGGGCAGAAGAUUUCCAUUUCUGUUCACGAGUGCGCCUGCCCCGUUAAUCAACCACCAAGUGCUCCAACAGCGCCCCCUUCAGUUUCUCCACUUCCUGCUGCAGUUCCUCCAUCUUCGGUUAGUCCGAAUAGGUCUCAGCCUCCUGCAGCACAAGUUAUAACUCCAGCAGGAGCUCCAUCCCCAUUAGGGUAUAAUGGUUCCUCCCCUAAGACUAAUCCUCCUGUGAAAUCUGCAGCAUCAAUGCUACAUAAAGGAAUGAUGCUCGGUGUUCUUCAUGGAAUCUUUGGCUCGGUGGCGUUUGUUCUUUGGUCAUCCAAUUAA